ACGUUGAUUUCCGGCUGUCAAAUAUGGCGGCCUCCUGAUGUUUACAGUCUGAGCCGGUGUCUGAAUUUGUAGACAUAAAUGAUCGAUAGUAACACUUGAUAGUUUAGAUUUCUGCUCAUAUCAUGGCUCCGUCUGACAGCACUGUCAUCUUUCGUAUCUGUGGAUCAUUGGAGUUUUCGUGUUGGUUGGAGAACUCUAACGUCUCACAAUCACAGAGAUCGCUGUCAACGACUUUCAAUGACUUGCGUGCCAAAGUGAGAGAGGAGUCAUUCGUUUUCCAUGUGUGCAACAGUCCAGUAUUCAUUUGGCCAAAUCAAGACUGCCAAGCCACUGCAGGAAAUGUUACAGCCAAUACGCCAUGUGGAGACCUCCAGAAACAUAUUGAAGUAGAGGACUGGAGUGGAGGGGGUAAGAAGAAAAGGAAAGACAAGAAACAUGUGUUGACGGUCAUUAAUUUGACUUUGAUGGCGGAGGUGACAGUACCAGGAGAGGAGAGCUGUCCUGCUCCUUACCUUUCCACUGAGAAGAAGCGCCACCCUUUGAGCAUGAUCCUCCCCAUGGACUGUGUGAUUUCCACAGCUGCUGAGGAGAGUGUUGUAACUGUUUGUGAGCGUCUCAUUGGGGCAUUGUGUUGUCAGUUGUCUGACAUGGAGAGAGUUGUCACACAGCACAUGAAGGGAACAGCCAUUCCUGUUCCUCAGCCGCUGCACUUCAUGUUACCUGAACCUAACGGACUGGUCAGCGUGGUGUAUCCUGCUAAUGUAUCUGAGAACCAGCUGGAGUCAUAUAGAAAGGAGCUGCACAAAAAAUACAACCUCUCAGAAGACAGGCCAUACUUCAGGCGUGCAAAUGCUUAUCACUUUCCUGACCAGCCGUACAAAGAUGGCUACCUCCGCAAUCCUCACGAACACCUUAAUCACCCAAACCUUGAGGGAGCUAAUCUGUACCUGGUGCAGGGUGUGUACAGCUACCACCACUACAUGCAGGACCGUGUGGAUGAUAACGGCUGGGGCUGCGCCUACCGCUCGCUGCAGACCAUCUGCUCGUGGGUCCAGCAGCAGGGUUAUGUGGAGCGGACGGUGCCCACCCACAAGGAGAUCCAGCAGGCGCUUGUUGAUGUGGGAGACAAGCCUGCUGCCUUUGUGGGCUCACGCCAGUGGAUCGGCUCAAUCGAGGUGCAAGCUGUGCUGGAUCAGCUGCUGAACGUCACAUCCAAAAUCAUGUUUGUCAGCCAAGGCUCUGAGCUAGCCACAAAAGGACGAGAGCUAGCAAACCAUUUUGAGACUGAAGGAACCCCAGUCAUGAUUGGAGGUGGCGUACUAGCACACACCAUCCUUGGUGUUGCGUGGAGCGAGAGCUCGGGGGAGAUCCGAUACCUCAUCCUGGACCCUCACUACACUGGUGGGGAGGACAUUCAGACCAUCACUGAGAAGGGCUGGUGUGGAUGGAAAGGGCCUGAUUUUUGGGACCAGCAGGCAUACUACAACCUUUGCCUUCCUCAAAGACCCAAGACCAUAUGAGUGUUAGUGUGAGUGUAUGAAAGAACUAGAGGAUGGGGAGAUCUAUCAAUG